AUGCCGCCAAAAACAGAGCGACCACUCGCGUCGCAUUCCUCUCAGGAGCUCGAGUGUCUAUUCCUUCGAUGGAAAAGUGCAGACCUUGCUUUUGGAUCCGACAAAUUUAUUACUCCGCAAGAACGAGGGCGCUGGCUAUUGAGCAUACAGCAAACAGGGGCCGUGCAAUAUUACGACCUCGAUGCAGAGAUGUCUGUCGCCGUCGAGCUCAUCCCAGCACAGAGUGAAGAAGCCGUUAUUACAUCAACUAUCGACUACGACAUGGACGCUCCAUUUCUGAAAUUCAAUAUUGCGUUUUGCCACCGAACACAAGAUGCGGGCAAAAUGGAAUCUUAUAAAUUUCAAGGAAAUCGUUGUAUAUGCAAAAUAUGGAAUGUCGAAGCCAUCCUGGAUGAUACUAGGCAUGUAAUUGGCCUCAUUGCUACACGGAUUGCUUGGUUUCCAUUUGGUGUGGAAGUGAACGGUGUGCCCAUGCUCUCUCUUCUUGGGUCAAAUCUAGCGUGUAUCGCAUAUAUAAUGUCUCUUUCACGUUCCUACGAACCCUGUCUACUACGCAUUAUCAAUUGGCAACAGGCUCACGAAAACCCUCUGCAUUAUCCAUUCCGGGUGGUUGAGAGGUUAGAACGCCAAGCAUGCGUACAGCUCCUGCCAACGGGCAAAAUCCUUGUUACGGAAUAUGGGAAUUACAAACUUUACGACUACUUAACUAUACCUGAAGGGAAUUAUACGCCGGAACAACCUAUAUGUUCCUAUCAGCCAAUCUGGAAUAUAAAAGGACCAAGUUGUGACUGGCCCUUCAGCUGUUUCUUCACCGGGUCACGGGCAUAUGUCAUCAUCGGCGAAUACGCGUUGGUGUCGAUGCUGGCAUUUGACUAUGUGUCCCCAAGUGGCACCCCACCGUCUAUGAAUAUCGUUUAUCGAGACAAAACGGUCCUUCUACAAGAAAAAGGCACUUACGUUGGUGCGAAGCGUACAAUUGCACUUGUUCGUCUUCACACACUUCGUAUUUUGGAUUAUUCAUCCUUCACAACGUCCAAGGAGCCGGUAGUACUCCGUCAAGAAGGGGUGACGAACAUCAACAUCAUCUCCUACCUCAUCGCUGAUGACAAUAUUGGGAGAUGUGUUUGUAUAUUUAAUGGCUACGAUAACAAAUACAAGCACCAGACCGAAUUUCAUGUGGUGGAUUUUGGCAGGCUGCCGAAUCAGCUAGCUCAGUCCUGCCAAGCUAUACUUGCGGACUGUCUGUAA